GAUUUUAAGUUGAUAUAGUUUAUAGUCACCAAAGGCUGUAUUAGUUUAUAUAUAGUUUUUAAUACUAAACAUGAGAACUCAGUUGAUGCCAGUCCAGAUUUACAUCAGACACAUAUAUAUAUAUAGUUCUAUAUGAAAUUUGUUGUUGAUGUUGGCUAAAUCCAUGAAUUUGACAGACUUUCCAAUAGUACGCAUGGGACUCGAGGAACCGCUUUGAAUUUCGAGACCCAGUAGCCUUUGAGUAAUAGAAAAAGUCGACCAUCGGUUUGACGGUCUGAAAGUGGUUUAGUUCAGCCUGUUCUAUCGUAGUGUGAACAUCGCCCAAACUAAAAAAAAAAGUCCGAAGCUAAAAAUCGAAUUGUCGGAAAAUCUUCAGAAAACUUAAGACGAAACUAAAAUAUGGAGCUUCCGUCGAUGGUGGAGCGUUCCGGUGGCCGCUUGGUGGUGCGCAGUCUGGUGAGUGGUGCCACAGUCUAUCAAACUGCAAUGGAGGAGAGCGGCACAGCGGUCGCAGGUCGUGGCAAUCCGAUAGCCACGCAUCCAUUGGUCAGCGCCGAGAUGCUCGAGCGACAGCUGCAGCUGCUCAACAAUCGCACAACGACCGCUCAGCCGCUGCCACUGAUACUGCCGCUGGCCAUGACCAAGGCUGAGCCGGAGGACAACUGCAAGGAUCAAUCGAUGCCAAUGCUGGAGUCCCGAGCCGAGGAGGAGCUGCCGCAAUGCAAGAUCAGGCGCAACUACAGCUGCAACGCGUGCGCCUUCUUCACACAGAAUCCGCGCAGCCAUUUGUCGCAUCUGCGCGACGUGCACGGCGAGAAGAUCGUGAUAAACGAGUGCAAGCUCUGCCUGUAUGCCUCUCGGCAUUUCCAAAAGCUGGUGCGUCAUAUGAAGAUGGUGCAUGGCUGCUCGGACGACGACAGCACGGGCAUAGCUGGUCGACGGCAUUGCAAUCGGGAGGCGCGCAAACGUCGCCUGGAGGAGAGCAUCGAGGCGCCCAGCGUGAUGACGCCCAAUCUUCAUCAGAGUGCUGCAGUGCAGGCUGAAGUCGGCCAGGUGGGUGCAGUGCAGGCAGCGGGUGCCAUGCAGGCGGGGCCCUCGCUAAAGCAGCUGAAGAGCGAGCUGCAGCUGCAGGAGCAACAGCUACUGAACAAUGUGGAGGCCUUCAAUCGCCAGCAGCAGCUGCAGCAGCUGCAGCAAAUGGUCUCGCGCAGUGCCAACAUCUUCUCCAUGGCCUUUGAGUUUCAGAUGUGCAUGCUGCCGCCAGCAUCUGCCAUCUUGCCAGGUCGACCCAUCGACGAGGCGGAUCGUGAGCCGGGGAACAGCAGCUCGGACUCUGAGGAGUUGCCGCAGGCCGAUGAAUGCGCCACGCCAGAGGCGCUCGAUCUGUCAGCCGGCGCCUCGGUCACCCAGUAUCAAUGCCAGAAAUGUUCGUACAGCACGCCGAUCCGUGCACGCUUCAAGAAGCACGUCAAGUAUCACUCGAUGCCGCUGAUCAAGUGCGGCUCAUGUGACUUUCAUUCGCCCUACAAAUGGAAUCUGGACAGGCACACCAAGAACCAUGGCGCCAAUGGCUACUUCAAGUGCGGCGUUUGUGACUUCAGCACCAAUAUCAAACAGUCGCUGACCAUACAUGAGCUCAACCACCAUGUGGCACGUCGUUCGGGAUCACAGGAACAUCUGCAGUUGCAGCAGCAGCAGCAGCAGCAGCAUCAUCAUGUGACAGCAACUGGACUGGACUCGUCUGCUGAUCAAGCCGAACCGCUAGACACUGAGCAGGGUUCCAGUCCCUUGGAGGCAGCUGACUCUGCAUCGCCGUUGUCUGAGCUGCCGCCCAUCAACUGCUCCCAUUGCCAGCAGCGGGUGCCAAAUGCCAUGGAGCUGAUCAGCCAUUUGCAGCAGUGCGAGCCGGCGCUGCGCAGCACCACGCAGCUCACUUGCGACAUGGAUCUGGGUGGGGAUGAGGAUUAUCGCAGCGCUAGCAAUGAUCUCAGCUAUUGUGGUGUUGAAACAGCACCCGGGUAUGGCGAGGUCACCGAGCAACUGCAGCCGGAGGACUCGGAUGCACUGAAGAAGGUGUUCAAGUGUCCGCAUUGCACAUUUUGGGCAGCCACCGCAUCACGCUUCCACGUGCACAUUGUGGGCCAUCUGAAUCGCAAGCCAUUCGAGUGCUCGCUGUGCUCCUAUCGCUCCAACUGGCGCUGGGACAUCACCAAGCACAUCCGACUGAAGGCCAUGCGCGACAAGUCGCACAUCCAGGCACAGGUGCUGAUGAACGAUGAGACGGGCAGACGCAACUACGCCAAGUACAAUCAGUAUUUGACCCUCAUGAAGGUCAGCGCCGAGCAGGCAGCCGAUGCGAAGACCAUGCGCUGCGGCGAAAUGCAGCCCAGCAAUCUGGAGCAGCAGCAACAGCUGCUCGCUGUGCCUCCGUUUGAGGAGGAAAAUCUCGAAAAUCAGGACUCGCACGCCGACUCCUUGGCUGCUCUCGACUUGCGUGUAUCCAGCAAGCCGACUGCGGACCAACCAUCUAGCCAGAACAAUGAACGCAACUAUCCAGCACAGAAACAAAAGCAGAGCAAGAAAAAACACAAUGAGAAUCAGUCUCAGCUAUACAGAAAAUCCAGUAAUCAUUCACAGAAAGGAUCGCUGUCAGCUUGAUCAAGACACUUAUUUCUACACACUACUACAUAACCAUUGGCUAUUCAUUAUUCAUACAGGCUGGCAUUGCAGUUGCUUAUACAAUAGUUAUACAGUUUAGAUAUUUAUUGCACUUUUUCAUGUUUGAAUA